CGCCGAGACCCAAACCAUCAAUGGCAGAACAAGACGAGACCGCCGCAACGGCCCCACCGCAUAUUGCCGAACAUCACGACUCAACAAUCGUGCAACCCCCCAGAGAAGAAGAAGAAGAAGCCAUGUCACCAAUCCGACCCGAAUCUGGAGAACAACCCGCAGUCCGACCCAAAUCGACCGAAGAUGACGCUACAACGAUCCAACCCGAAUCGGAAGAACCGAACACGCAACCGCAGGUCGGAGAAGAAGAAGAGGAACCACCGCUGGCUGAAGAAGAUGCUGCGGCCACGACCCGACCCGGAUCCGGAGAAGAAAACGCAGUCGGAUCAGAUCCAGUAGAAGAAGAGGACACAGCGCCGAUCGACGAAGAGAACGCCGUGACGGCCCAACCGAAAGGAGAGAAGGCGAAACCGGAGCAACCCGAAUUGAUUCGGCUCGAAUUCCCAACGGGUCGGGUCAAGAAGAUAAUGAAGCUGGACGCUGACAUCAACAAGAUCAACUCAGAAGCUCUGCACCUGGUCACCUGCUCCGCCCAGCUCUUCCUCCAAUUCCUCGCCGAGGGCUCCGGCGAGGCGGCGAUGGAGAAGAAGCGCAAGAUUGUGAAGCUGGAGCACAUAAGGACGGCGGCGAAGAGGCACCGCGCCACCAGGGAUUUCCUCGUCGAUGAGCUCCCGGCGGUGCCGGGUCAGCCGUCCGAUCAGAAGUCCGCUGAUCGGAGCCGCGCUCGCCCUGCUGCUGACAAGCCGGCUCCGGCUGGGACUCGCCGGAUUGAUGACUUCUUCAGUAAGCCAGUAGCUAAAUCGGCGGCUGAGGUUGAGGAGGCAUGAAUCAGUAGAUAUUCAUCUAUGUCAGUCUUGAAACAAGGCGUGUCGUCGGAAAAUAUCUGUAUGGAUUCUAGUAGACUUGGAUUUGAAUUUUGUUUCAGAGCUGUGUAAUGGCUUUCUAUAUUUCAUAUGAAUUGGAUGUUUUAUGAUUAACCUUAGCGAUUGUAGCCUGUUUCUGGUUUGUGUUAGUCUGU